AUGAGUUGCAGAAACAAACCGCAUGCAGUUCUUGUGCCAUUCCCACUCCAAGGCCAUGUAAACCCUUUUAUGAAGCUCGCGAAGCUUCUCCACUUUAAUGGCUUCCACAUCUCCUUUGUCAACACCGAAUUCAACCACCACCGUCUCAUCCGCUCCAAAGGUCCGGAGUCCGUCGAGGGUUUGCCGGAUUUUCGGUUCGAGACCAUCCCCGACGGCAUGCCUCACUUAGAUCAAGACGCCAGUCAGGACAUACCGAUGCUUUGUGACAUGACCAGAAAGACAUGUUUGGUUCCGUUCAAGGAGUUGUUGCAGAAGUUGAACUCGUCGGCCGGAAUCCCACCAGUCAGCUGCGUCGUCGGAGAUGGCCUGAUGACCUUUGCGAUAAAAGCUGCUAAGGAUUUUGGGAUUCCGGAGGUUCAGUUCUGGACUUCUUCGGCGUGUUCUUUCAUGGGUUUUUUGCAUUAUAGAGAGUUCAUCAAAAGAGGAAUUGUUCCUUUUAAAGAUGAUAACUAUCUAACGGAUGGAACAAUGGAAAAAACAAUCGAUUGGAUCCCCGGGAUGAGCAAUAUUCGUUAUAAAGAUAUUCCAAGUUUCAUUAGAACAACAGAUCCCGAUGAUAUCAUGCUGGAUUUCGCGGGGGAGGAGACCCAAAAUAACUUGAAUGCUUCCGCGAUUAUCUUCAAUACUUUCGAUGCAUUAGAGCACAAAGUAUUAGAAGCCAUUGCACCCAAAUUCAAUUACCACAACAUGUUCACACUCGGCCCUCUUCACUUACUCGCCAAAUACGUUCCAGAUGAUAGUCCAGUACAUUCGCUGAAUUCGAGUUUAUGGAAACCAGAUUCCUCAUGUUUGCAAUGGCUAGACCAGAAGAAGGAAAGGUCUGUUAUCUAUGUCAAUUAUGGAAGUUUGGCUACUAUGACAGAGCAACAUCUGAUUGAGUUUGCAUGGGGUUUAGCAAAUAGCAAGCAAUCGUUUUUAUGGGUGGUUCGACCAGAUGUGACAAUGGGGGAUUCAGCGAUUUUGCCUGAAGAACUCUUGAAGGAGACGAAGGAUAGAGGACUCAUGGUGAGUUGGUGCGAACAAGAUCAGGUUCUGGCCCACCCACCGAUCGUCUCAUCCUCCCAUGAACAGUUGUAA